AUGGAUAUAGAAAGUAGGGUAAUCUCAAUAGAGACUCUCACACCAUCUACUCCAACUCCAAAAUAUCAGCAAAAAUACCAACUUUCAUUUCUUGAUCAAGGCAUUCAUCCAUCAUUCAGUCCCUUUGUCUACUUCUACUCAUCAAAAUCAAAUCCCAAAUUUUCAAACUCAGAUAAAUCAAACCUAAUAAAGAAAUCCCUAUCGGAUGUCCUCUCCAUAUACUACCCCCUAGCCGGCCGCAUCGUUGGCAACCUCUACGUCGACUGCAAUGACGCUGGCAUUCCUUUCUCCGAAGCCGAAGCAGACUGCGAUCUCUCGCACUCGCAAGUCAUCGCCAACCAAAACCCUAAAAAUUUGAAGAAAUUCUACCUUUUAAAACGGAUGAUUCCAAAGAACUUUGCUUGGCGAAACAGCGGCGGUGGCGUGUCACUGCCCAAGUUCGACACGGCCACCUAUGUUCCGCCGCUGGACAUCCUAAUCAACCUCCAACUAACUUCAGGAUUAGUGGAGGAAGACAACGCAGCCAGAGUCUUUGUGUUUUCAGCUUCGGAGAUCUCAGCUCUCCAGGAAAGGUACACCGCCGGCGGGCAUCGUCCAAGCCGGGUUGAGGCACUAUCGGCUUUUACAUGGGGACUGUACAUAGGAAUUAGAUCCGACCCGGGUAAGAUCUGCGUAGUGCAUAAUGCGGUAAACUUACGGAACCGGGCCGACCCGCCUCUAUCCCAAUACCAGUUCGGUAACUUGGUUGUAUCUUCGAGGUUGGAGGCGGCAGCUGGGGUGGGCGGUGCUGAGCUUAUUUGGAAGGUGCGUGAAGCCUUGAAGGCGGUCGAUGCCGGGUACGUGGGUCGGCUGAAGAAGAGGGAGAUGCAAUUGAAACUGAUAAAGGCUGGAGCUGGUAAAUCCAUGGUGGAUAGAUUCUUCUUCUCAAGUCUCUGCAAGUUUCCUUUAUACGAAGCGGAUUUUGGGUGGGGUAGACCCGACCGGGUCAUGUUUGGUGGAUUUCCUUACAAGAAUUUGGCAACAUUUAUGGAUACAAGGUGUGGGGGAGGGAUAGAGACGUUGAUUCAGUUGACCAAACAAGAUAUGGACAAACUUGAAGCUCAUUUCUUGUUAAGGAGUUAUUUGUAA